AUGAACACGAUCAUUAAACGUACAUUUUAUCAACUUCGCACUUCCAGCUUAAAUUUUACACCACGACGACAGUUUAGUAAAACUGUUGUAGUUCUUCAUGAAAAUCCUUUGGGCCUACCUUUUCAAGUCAAUCAGUUGAAAAAUGUUGGUAAUGCUACAAGAAAAAGCGUUGAUAUGGAAGAACGAAUGCGUCGUGGGUUGCCUACUAAACGAUUGAUACGUGGCGUUAAACGAGUCAUUGCUGUCGCUUCUGGUAAAGGAGGAGUUGGAAAGUCCACCACUGCUGUUAAUCUGGCACUUGCAGUUUCUUCAUUUAAGAAAAAUGUCGGUAUUUUGGAUGCAGAUAUUUUUGGUCCUUCCAUACCUCGUCUAAUGAAUUUAAAGGGGGAACCAAAUAUAGUUGAAUCAAAUGGAAAUUUGAUUCCGCUUGUAAAUUAUGGAGUUAAAGCAAUGUCAAUGGGAUUUAUGGUUGGAGAAGAGUCACCUAUAGUAUGGAGAGGUCUUAUGGUUAUGAAAGCACUUCAACAAUUGCUUCACCAAGUUCAUUGGGAUGAACUUGACCUACUUGUGAUUGAUAUGCCUCCUGGUACAGGUGAUACACAAUUAACUAUCAGUCAACAAAUUGAACUGUCUGGUGUUGUUAUCGUCUCUACCCCACAAGAUAUAGCCCUUAUAGAUGCCAAGAAGGGAGCAAAUAUGUUCUCAAAAGUCAGUGUACCGAUUCUUGGAAUAAUACAAAAUAUGUCAACAUUUAUUUGUCCAAAUUGUCAACAUCAAAAUUAUAUAUUUGGUAAAGACGGAACUAAUAAGGUAGCAAAAGAUUUGAAUAUCGAUUUUUUAGGAGAUAUACCGUUGGAUGCUGAUAUCUGUGAUUUAUCUGAUCUUGGAAAACCAAUUGUUGUUGCCAAGCCUGACAGCAUAUAUGCAAAAGGUUAUAAGGACAUUGCACUUAAAGUCUUGGACAAAUUGGAAAUCUCGUAA